GUUCUUUCUCUUGUGGCGUUUGGUUAUUAUUCUCUUUCGCUUGAUCGAAGGUCUGGAACCUCUUUCGCUUCUGUAUAUGUUUUUCUAUUAAGUAACUUAUUGUUUCAUCACGUUUCUGUUCUGGAUAUUCUGUCCAUCAAAUCAUCGUAUUGUACCGCUCCUCUCAACAUGGGUUUGACACUCGGAGCUCUCCUUCUGGCGGCAUGGGCCACGCGAACGGCCUACGCAUCCUGUGCCCACGGGACAUUCCUCAGCCCUCGCGCCGAGGACGGGACAGUCGAGGUCGGCAAGUUCGGAUAUACCGGCACCAUCGGACCACUCAACUGGGCAGCGCUCGACUCCCCGGCCAACGGAGCCUGCGCAACCGGCACCCGCCAGUCGCCGAUCGACAUGGUCGACGGCGUCUUCGAGCUUCUCCAGGGAUCCGAUGUGGAGCUGACGGUCAACGACAUGCCUGAAGGCGCCGAGUUUGAGAACCUGGGCACCACCGUCGAGGUCAUCACCCAGGGGGGCAGCUUGAAGGUCGGCGACAAGCAGUUCGAGCUGCAGCAGUUCCACUUCCAUCUCCCCAGUGAGCACCUGGACAAUGGGACAAGCCAAGCGAUGGAGAUGCACAUGGUCUUCCAGUCCGAGGCCCAAGAGAUCGCCGUGAUCGGCACGUACAUCAAUAUCGCCGACACCAGCGCCGCGGCCCCUUCCAAGCGCUCCCGCGUCUUCGGCCGGCAAGAGGCCAAGCCGCCGGCCACCGGCGCCGUCGCCGCGACGACCCUGCUCGAGACCAUCUUCUCCGUCGUCGACAAGAUCGCGGUCCCGGGGACCAAGACGACGACGCCGCCGCUGGUCAUGUCCGAGGUCGUCGACGUCCUCAAGGCCAACGCGUUCCAAAUCUACUCGGGCUCCCUGACCACGCCCCCGUGCAGCGAGGGCGUCAGCUGGCACGUGUCGACCGCCCGCCUCGGCAUCACCCCGGCCACCUUCGUCAAGGCCCGCGACGUCAUCGGCUUCAACGCCCGCUUCCCGCAGAACAAGCCCGGCGAGCCCAACCUGCUCAUGGUCUCGGCCCUCGGGUCCGCCGCCGCGGCCGUCGCGGCUAUCGCGGGAGCGGGAGCUGGAGCGGCGGCCUAAACCCAUUUGGAGUCGGUCCGUCUGUCCGUCCGUCCGUCCGUCGUAAGUGGACGGACGUGGCUUAGAUGUUGGGCGCGUGUUUAGAUAUACCUCUCGUCAUGCCAUUAGCUAGUUCCAUGGUGAGCUAACGGGAGAACCGGGUGCGUGCUUGACAAGCAAUGCCUGACUGCUGUACGGCUUCCACGGGCAGUGGACUGCUUCAUGGAAACAAGUAUAUACACAACGAUGUUCCCGCCCCCCUUUCCGUCGGACUGCUCAUGCCUCCCAAUAUAUAACAACCUGCCGUGUGUGAUGUCGAGACGAGUCAUGCAUCCCUCCGCCUAGCCACUCCUUUACUACAGUGCGGAGGUUGCCUCGUCUGUUUAAGUCAUUGGCAUGACGUGGACUAAAUCUUUCAGAAGUAGCAGGGGAGCUAGAAUCAUAAGAUGAACUACGGCAAGCUCCCAAUUCGAAUACCAACUUACGGCCCG